AUGCACUGGACAAAAAUAGUGGGGCUGGUGGUCGGGGCUGCUGCCCUCUUGGGGUUGGGGAUUAUCCUGGGCCACUUUGCCAUCCCCAAAGCGGCCGAUCCCCCAGCGUCCAGCACCUCAGACUCCCAGGACCUGGACUUGGAGAUCCUUGACACCGUGAUGAAGCAACUAGAUGCCAGCAGGAUCCGGGAGAACCUUCGAGAACUCUCCAAGGAGCCACAUGUCGCCUCCAGCCCUCGAGAUGAGGAUCUGGUGCAGCUGUUGCUGGACCGCUGGAGGGACAAAGACACUGGUCUGGACUCAGCUCAGACCUAUGAGUAUGAGGUCCUGCUCUCCUUCCCCAGCCCAGAGAAGCGCAACAGUGUGGAAGUCGUGGGCCCCAAUGGGACCAUCCUCCACUCCUUCCAACCCGGUGAAAAGAACCUGACCGGGGAGCAGGCACGGCCUGAUGUGGUACAGCCUUAUGCCGCCUAUGCUCCCUCUGGAACUCCACAGGGCCUCCUCAUCUAUGCUAACCAAGGCUCGGAAGAAGACUUCAACAGGCUUCAGGCUCAGGGCAUCAAGCUUGAAGGCACCAUCGCCCUGACUCGCUAUGGGGGUGUAGGGCGUGGGGCCAAGGCCAUUAAUGCUGCCAAACACGGAGUGAUCGGAGUGCUGGUGUACACGGAUCCUGGUGACAUCAAUGAUGGGAAAAGCUUGCCCAAUGAGACCUUCCCUAAUUCCUGGGGCCUACCUCCUUCUGGCGUGGAGCGAGGUUCCUACGAUGAGUAUUUUGGGGAUCCCCUGACUCCCUACUUCCCAGCCCACCCCUCUUCCUUCCGCCUGGACCAGAACAACACCCCUGGAUUUCCCCCAAUUCCUGCCCAGCCCAUUGGCUUUGAGGACGCCAAAGACCUGCUCUGUAACCUCAAUGGAACCUCUGCCCCACAGUCCUGGCAGGGAGGGCUGGGCUGCGACUACAAGCUGGGGCCUGGCUUCCAGCCGGCUGGAAGCUUCCCAGAAAACAGUCAGGUGAAAGUGAAUGUCUACAACAGCUUGGUGCUGAGGAACUCCUCCAACGUCCUGGGGAUCAUCCACGGGGCCGUGGAGCCUGAUCGCUAUGUGAUCUAUGGAAACCAUCGGGACAGCUGGGUGCAUGGGGCAGUGGACCCCAGUAGUGGCACCUCAGUCCUCUUGGAGAUCUCCCGUGUCCUGGGGACCCUGCUGAAGAAGGGGACCUGGCGACCCCGCAGAUCCAUCAUACUGGCCAGCUGGGGGGCAGAGGAGUUCGGGCUCAUCGGCUCCACGGAAUUCACUGAGGAGUUCCUUAACAAGCUGCAGGCGCGCACCGUGGCCUACAUCAACGUGGACAUCUCGGUGUUCGCCAACGACACCCUUCGGGCGCAGGGGACGCCUCCGGUACAAAGCGUCAUCUUCUCGGCCACCAAAGAGAUCAAAGCACCAGGCCCCAGUGGCCUCAGUAUCUAUGACAACUGGAUCCGGUACACCAACCGUAGCAGUCCAGUGUAUAGCUGGAUUCCCAGCAUGGGUACUCUGGGUGCAGGCAGCGACUAUGCCCCCUUCAUUCACUUUCUGGGCAUCUCUUCCAUGGACCUGGCCUACACCUAUGAUCGGAGCAAGACCUCAGCCCGGAUCUACCCCACCUACCACACAGCCUUUGACACAUUUGAUUACGUGGAGAAGUUUCUGGAUCCUGAUUUCACCAGUCACCAAGCCGUGGCUCGGACUGCAGGGAGCGUACUUCUCCGUCUCAGUGACAGCUUCUUCCUGCCCCUCAAUGUCAGCGACUACAGCGAGACACUACGCGGCUUUCUACAGGCUGCCCAGCAAGGCCUGGGUGCCCUGUUACAGCAGCACAGAAUCAGCCUGGAGCCCCUGGUGACUGCAGUGGACAAGUUUGAGGCAGCAGCUGCAGGCUUGCUACGGCGCAUCUCAGCACUGCAGAACAGCCCUGACCCUCUGCAGGUGCGGAUGGUCAACGACCAGUUGAUGUUCUUGGAAAGGGCAUUCCUGAACCCCAGGGCCUUCCCAGAGGAGCGCUACUAUAGCCACGUGCUCUGGGCACCCCGCACAGGCUCCAUUGCCACAUUCCCAGGCCUGGCCAAUGCCUGCUCCAAGGCCCAGGACACCAACUCUGGAUCUGAAGCUUGGGCUGAGGUGAAAAGGCAACUGAGCAUUGUAGUGAUGGCCCUGGAGGGUGCGGCGGCCACCUUGACCCCUGUGGCUGACCUCUGA